AUUCAUUCAGCUUGUAACAUCAUGAAAACAUUUCUCUUGUUUAUUUUGGUUAUUUUAUCGAUUAGUCGAAUUAUUCGAUGUCAGUGCACGAUCGAUAUAAAAACGGAAUUGAAUCGAACGGCUACUGGAACGGUCAAAGAACCUUUGUUUCUGAAAUAUACUGGAAGCGAAUACAGAUUAAUGCUUCCUGACAGCACUGGUCACUUGAACUUUAGACAAGGUGAAAAUGCCAUGGUGGCAUGCACAUCAGAUCAGAAACCAAACACUUUGACGUUCAACAACAAAACCAGCUCGACAAUAUUUUGCUUAUCAGGAGAUUCUUACAACAUUAACAACAUGAGAUAUAAAGUGUCAGAUUUCAAUGAGUGCAAAUCGUUAAUAACUGGAAACACAAUAAAUCUUAAUAAGAAAUGUGCUGAUCAAGGAAGUAUGAUAACUAUUGGAUUUCAGUUAACUGAAGGUCGAGGUUUCAUUACAUUAAUCGAAAUUUGUUACAACAAGAAAAGAAGUUCGUCCAUUUAUGCCAAGCAUAUAGUUCAAGGAAAAAUCAUUAAAAAUAAAAUGAUUACAAACACUCGUCCAUCAUUGUUUAAGAAAACGGAAGUUCCAACCAAAGUUAAUCCACAAAAAUCUUUUACAAAAUCAAAUCAACUGAAAAGAUUUCAACAAAUUUUCGGUGACCUUGAAACAGCGCAAGAAUUCAUAAAUAAAACUUAUUUAGCUCGAGGUCAUCUUGCUCCUGAUGCUGAUUUCAUUUUUGCUUCGUGGCAGUCUUCUACUUAUUAUUACAUUAAUACUGUGCCACAAUGGCAAUCAAUCAAUAAUGGGAAUUGGAAACACAUUGAAAGUGCCAUCAGAUCCAAAGCAAAUCAACUCAAGGCUGACCUAGAAAUUUAUACUGGAGGAUUUGAUGUGUUGAAGUUGAAGAACAAAAAGAUUUCAAUGGAAAAUGAUGGACUUGACGUUCCAAAGUGGUCAUGGAAAAUUGUUAAGCUUCCAUUUGAAAAUUUAGGAAUAGCUUUCUUGACACUCAACAACCCAUUUGCAUUGUCAUCGCCCAAUGCUUUAUGUCAAGAUGUUUGUAAUGAAUCAGGAUGGAACUGGAAAGAGAGAAAAUCGAUAUCAAAAGGUUGGACGAUAUGUUGCCGAGUGUCAGAUCUGAUGAGAGUUAUACUCGAUGUACCUGAAGAAGCUUGGUCAGAAAAUAUUUUAAGAUACAAUAAUUAAUAAAGAAAACUUUAUUAAAAGUUAAAAAUUUUAAUAUUGAUGAAUAUUAAUAAAAUAAUUAAAGUUUCGCUUUAAAGAAGUUUGGAUCAGUCAACAUUUCAGAAGGGAAAUCAUCUUGCAUCAUGGGAUGUGCUUUUCUAAAUGCUGGAUGACUAUGCAAAUGUCUAUCAAUGCGAAGAAUGAUUGGAUAAGAUUUUAAAUCAACAUGAAAACUGUGUGUACAAAAGUUAAUUAAAAUAAUAAAGUUUUAUAAGAAAUGAAAA